AUGUUGGACCACCAGACCAGAGUGUGGUACGACCAAACCCACGCCGAGAUGAAAACAAUCCACCACACUCCCGCGACACAUGUCCGACACAUGUCAUAUCCAACACCACCAACCCAAGCCCGCCACAUGUCCUAUACCACGCCGCCACCCACCGUCCCGUCAAGAACUCCAUCCGUCAGGUCGAGCCACCAAGACUUCCAGUGGCUCGGCGAGCUGCAGAGCCACACCUCAGACUACGAGUACCUCAAGCCGCUGCUGAGAGACAGGCGGUUGGAGCUGCAGCAGCGCCAAGCACAGCUAAACUUCUGGACGCGCGAGAUCCAGGACCGCCAGAAACAGGUGCGGGACUCGAACUUCUCGAGCGGGGCGCAGAGGAGGGAGCUCCAGAUCCAGCUGCAGACGCUGCUCCGCGACCGCGAGGUGGCCCGUCAGGACUAUCAGAGGCAACAAGCUGAGUUUGAAAGGCUGAGCAGGCAGAUUCAGAGCCAUAGGGAGAUCAUCGAUAACCUCAUGCAAAGAUUGAGGAUAAUAGUUUCGUCUUGA